UUAUAUAUAAAAUAGGAUAAGUUAAAUAUAGUUGAAAUAAAAUGGCAACCGUGGCCAAGCGACAAAAGAUUGAAGACGAAAAGCCCAGCACAUCGAAAGAGAGCCGUUCGAAAAAGAAGUCCAAAAAAAAUGCGACUACCGGCGAAAUUUCCACCGACUGGGACGUGGAUAACUACCGAACGGAAUACGAGAGUGAGGAGCACUGGCAACUGCGUCGUGACUUUAUGAUGGCACACAAGGACCGCUUCGACGAGGAGCGCUUGGUGUGCCUGGCACAGACAUUCAUCAACAUGGAAUUUCUGGGUUGCAAAUACCCUUCGGAAACAAUGCUCCUGGUCGCCGAGUUGUCAAAAGAGAUUGCCGAAGAGUUUCGCCAGAAGCGGGCGCUGCGGCUAAAGCGCACGUUUGUCAACGCAUCGGACGCAGCCGAACAGCGGGCCAAAGGCCGCUCCCAACAGCCAAUGCAGAAGAAACAAGUCCAGCUCGAAAGCCAAUCCACCAGCAGCGCCGAACGGAUGUGUUUCGGUGGCGGCGCCCCACUCGAUCUCUUCGAAGGUUUGCGCUUUGGGAAUCUGAUAAUUUAUUUAGCUGGCGGUCGCAGUUGCUUGCGCAAUUCUUGUAACUUGGCCAAAAUGAAGUACGACGAACGCUUGAUUGAAGCCCAAACGAAUGAAACGUCCAAAACAGCAGAGAUUGUAAUCAAUGAUGAGGUUAUAGCCACCGGACAAGGCGAUAAUCUAAAGGCAGCCAAAGUAGCUGCAUACAAGCAGGCUUUGCUCCUGCUGCAGACACACUGCUAUAGCAUUAAGCUGAAUGCAGCGCGAGCUACGAUCAAGGUUGAGAAGGGCAAAAAUGGCAUUGAUAUCAAUGUCACCAAGGAGUCGGCGGACAGUCUGACGGAUAGCAAGCUGGAUGCGAGCAACAAAGGCUAUCGUAUGAUGCGCAUGAUGGGCUGGACAGGCGGUGGUCUGGGACGCCGCAAGCAAGGUCGCGAGGAGCCCGUAGGCUAUCUGUUAAAGAACAAUCGUAUGGGUUUGGGCUCCAAUGAUCCGCAUGCUAACCUGGCAGAUUAUCGCAAGCUCAUAGAGAACUAUGUCAAUUCGGAUGAUAUACGAGACAUGCAGUUUGAGCCGAACUUCUCAAAAGAAGAACGCGCCACGUUUCAUCAGAUUGCUAGCAAGUUUGGACUGCGUUCGAGUAGCUACGGCACUGGAGAAUCUCGUCGCUUGCUUAUAACUAAGAAAAUCAGCUAUAAUAUCAUACUCAACGAGGUGCUCACCAAAAGAAAUCCCAAGUUCUGCGAACGCUAUUUUGUGCAGGUGCCCAUGCAGAAGGCCCACCUGUUUCCAGGUAAUGUGGCUGCACUGGAUUUGGAGAGCAUAAUGGAAUAAUGAAAUAAUGAAUAGUGUAUAAUUU